CUAGCUAUUGCCGGAAGUGGUGCGCGGCCUCGCUUCCGGUGAGCUAUCGAACGGCCGGGGGCGACCAUCGGCGAUUCCCGCAGCCAGAAUGGCGCUGUGGCUCCCGCGGUACCGGGACGGCAGCGCCGCGGUGGAAGAGGACGAGCAGCGGGAGCUGUCUCCGGGCUCCCGACAGCGCCUGCAGACCUAUAGCCAAGAGAUCGAAUUAGCCUGCCAAAAAGAGAAAGAGUUUGUGAAGCACUCUGUAGAAUGCACAUGGAAUCUUGCAGAAGCCCAGCAAAAACUUGGUAGCUUAGCACUGCAUAAUGCAGAAUCCUACGAUCAAGAACAUGCUCAAUCAAAGACUGAAGUUGCAGAGCUGAGAUGGAGAGAGGAGGAGUGGCGAAGAAAAGAAGAAGCACUAAACCAAGGGGAAAGACAGGACCUAUGGAACACAGAUCUUGUUAGUAAGGAGGUAUUUAAUAAGAGUUUUAUUAAUCAGAAAAGAAAAGAAACAGAAGAUGAAGAUGCAGCUGAGUCAUUUAUGAAAAAACAUGAACAGAAGAUUAGACACUUUGGUAUGAUGAGAAGAUGGGAUGAUAGUCAAAGGUUUCUGUCUGACCACCCAUAUCUUGUAAGUGAAGAAACAUCUAAGUAUCUCAUGUUAUGGUGCUUUCAUCUAGAAGCUGAACAGAAAAGAGCUCUGAUGGAACAAGUAGCACACCAAGCAGUAGUAAUGCAGUUUAUUAUUGAAAUUGCCAAAAACUGCAAUGUGGAUCCAAGAGGCUGUUUUCGUCUAUUUUUCCAAAAAGCCAAAACAGGAGAAGGCUAUUUUGAGGCAUUUAAAAGUGAACUUGAGGCAUUCAAGACAAGAGUAAGAAUCUGGUCGCAAUCAGAUAGCUUUCAGGCUAUCUUACUAUAUAAUCCCACUAUCAAUCCUAGUCUUGUAGAACAGCUGACAUCUUUGUCACAGAACACAGGUGAUCUACAAGGUUCCAUAAAUACAAAUGUCUGCAGUUUAAACUCUGUGAUACAAAGAGAUGAAGAAGAAUCCAAAAUGAUGGACACAGUAUAGCAUUGUUAAGACUGAGGCCAAGUACCUUUUUU